UCCUUUUUUUUUUUUUUAUUAUGAAUAUAUAUAUCAACAGAAAUCAGCCAUACUAUCUCAUCCUCAUGUUCGACCCGAGCACAUCUUCCUUUUUAAUUUGACAGUCAGACAACUUGGGUCUAGCUUUUUCUUUUGUACCACUCUGUAACCCUGCUUAAAUUACGCCUGGAGAGAGUGUGUGUGUGCUUUUCCUACUCAGCUGUCAAAAAGAUCGAAUUUCUGCCUAAAACGGGGUGGAGAUAAAAAGGGAAAAAAAAAACGGUCGAUCCCACUAUUUUUAAAUGAACGAAAAAAAAUAUUUUAAAUCUUUAGGCUUUCAAAGCUCAUUCUUCAUUACUACUACUACUACUACUACUACGACUAUUACUACUACUACAUUCUUCUCAUCCAUACUCUAUCACAUCCUACCACCGAGACAUGACGCAUUCACCAGCUCAUCACAGUCAAAGCAACUUUCUGCAGAUUUUUCAAGAUGCCGAUCAUCAGAUCCACGAUGACAGUGUAGAGGAUCCUUUUCCAGCUUAUCUAGACGAUAUCGAUACCACCCUCGCUCCCUUUUGUCCAACCUCUGCUAAACGUGUCUUAAAGGCCUUGCGUAUGGCCCAUGUCGGCCCCCAUGACUGGGUCAUCGAUCUUGGAUCAGGCGAUGGCCGUUUUGUGACCGCUGCUGUGGCCGAGAUGAACGCAGCCAAAGCCGUGGGCAUUGAAUCCGACACUGCCUUGGUACACACCUCCAAAACAUUGGCCAAGAAAGUCCUGCCCUCGCUGUCCUCUGCCUCUUUGGAAGACCUUGAAACAGAUAGAAUAUGCUUUAUCGAAGGCGAUCUGCUGAAUUUACCGUCCAUUGUGCAUCCUACCCCGUGGACCGUCAUUGUUUUAUUCUUGUUACCUGAUCAUACCGAUAAAUUCGCUCAUCUCCUCCUCCAUCAUUACAGACGAGGAGCGAGGAUCGUGAGUUUGGUCUUUAAUUUAAACGAAAUCCCAGAAAUGAACCUAAUAACCUCGGAUGAGCAAGACGGUAUUUAUGUUUAUGGAUUAGCUAAUAAAUUAUAAAUGUCAUGGUUGGUUGGAUGUUUUGGGGGUGGGGGGAGUCUGUUUGUUUUUGUUUUUGUUUUUUGUUUUUUUUUUCAAAAUGCUAAAAUGUAAUCAUGAAUGGGGGGGGUGUUCUUCACCUAGGCUGACAUGGCCGCUAGUUCAGCCAGCUUUUGACAUUUUAAUCGGGCUACGGUAGCCGCUAUAUUUUUCUUGACAUGGUCCGCUAUAUCCAAAUGAUACUGGGAAGCCAAUUGAUUGGCCAAGGCCCACGGAUCAGAAUCCUCCUCAAUGUCCAGUAAGGCAGUGACACCUGCUCCUAGUUCAAACUUGACACGCAGCAGGACUCGAUUCUGUGCCCUCCCUGGGAUCGCCUCCUGCUGCUGCUGCUGCUGCUGCUGCUUCAGUGGCGCUGGUGGCGGCAGCGGCGGCGGCGCCUGCGCUG